GCGUGUCUUUUAGUUGCCCCUCUCUGAGCUACCUUUUAAUUCUGGGAGGUUCACGAGGAAGCCCCAUUGCACUUCUUUGUCUGAAAACUUUCUAUACGUGCCGUCCAUGACCCACGAGCAGGCUAGCAUCAGCAUCAAUCCUCAGGAAGAUUUCGAUGAGAUAACACAACGAAUUCACGCACUCCAGUGCUCGCAGGUCGAAUUAUCCCGCUCAAUUCGUGACCUCCAGGUUCGUGCAGCUCGCAUACAGAAUCAGAAGGCACCGGUGUCUCGUAUCCCCUCUGACGUCCUGUCAAUAAUAUUCGACGAGUGCCGUCAGCUCAAUCCACCAUGGUCUGGCAUUCUCUACCUUUUCCGCCAGUCACCUAUCGAGGUACGACUGUCGCAUGUAUCGAGUCAUUGGCGUGAGGUAGCCCUCACCUUACCCUCCCUUUGGUCCUCUAUUCACUUCCCGUUCGCGCAUAAAGAGGACUCGCUCGCAGAAUAUUUGAAGAGGUCAGAGGGAUCACUUCUCGACAUGUACAUUGGGCCAUGGACACAGCACCCUCAGAUUGAUCGCGCGGUGACCAACAUUAUCUUACCACACCUUCCCCGUUUCAGACAAUUGGUUCUUGACUCAAAUUCACGGGAGGCUUUGGCCUCGCUCCUGGAAAAAUUCCGUGACGUCUCUGCCCCUGCUUUGAAGCGACUGCGAGUGAUGUGCAGAGGACCAAUGUCGACUGCAGGUCCCAUCGCUUCUGCAAGUCUCUUCACGCAGGGAGCCCCUUUGUUAUCCGAUGUUAGGCUUGACAGCGUCGCAGUCAUCCUACCCAGAACAAAAGCAAAGACGCUCCAUUUUUGCCCCCUACCAGGGCCACCCUUCCCACUCACACACGAGGGACUCUUCCAAGCAGUGUCAUCUUUCAAAUCCCUCCACACGCUCCAUCUAAAAUCGGCUAUAGAGCUGAAUAGUCCGACCCCUAUCUCCCUUAUCAACCUGCCCUCGUUGAAGGAAUUAGCGGUGCAUGGCCUCGCCGUGUCAAAGGGUUUGCGUAUAUUUGACAUAAUAUCCGCUCCAAAUAUCAAAAACCUCUACCUCGUGGACAUGAAUUGGUUCGCAGUAUCCGCGAUUCACAAAUUCAUGAUUCAGUCUUAUCCGGAUGCGUUCCAGUCCUUGCGGGUGCUGCGGUAUAUCAGGUGCGGGUUCAACGAGGACAUGGACAUCCAUUUCCUUCGCGCAACGCCUGGUAUCUCCGAACUGCUCAUACCUGUCGAUAAAACAAACUACCUGAUCCGCAUGCUUGUGAACAGUGACAAGCAAGCGGCCAUUCACGGCUGUAAACCUCUGUGGCCAAAGUUACGCACUAUUAUCCUGCACACACCAGAGUACUCCGCGCAGCCGGCCGGCGCCCCCGACAACGAGCCUUCGCCUACGAUGAACCUCCUUCAGCAGCUGGUCACGGGACGCAAGGUGUUGGGCAGGCCGAUGAGCAAGCUCUGCUUCAAGGGGCCAAAUGCAGGACCCUUUGCAAGCGAGUUCUACUGGGGGCUCAAUCAAGCGAAGGAGUUCGUUCCUACGGAAGUUGUGUCCUGCCAAAUCCCUGCGCUGCUACGGGAUGGAGGGUAUGAAUAUGACUGGGCUAGCCUCGCUGAGGCAUAUGGUAUGCAAUUGCGGCAGCUCCUUCAGCAGGUUCAAACCAUACGGCAGCAAAUUGCCCCCGCCCUUCCACACAAUUUUUCGUUCCAGCAUUUACAGAGACGAGUAGAGUCAUAGACGUACCGACGUGAUAGACGUUCUGAGUAGAUCCGGCUCAUGCCUCUUUCUCAUUUGGUCAUCAGUUUCAGAGUAUUUAACGUUUAGCGACGUCCUCUAAGACGUUAUAUGUCGUUCUUCAUAAUUUUGACUUGGGAAGUUUUAAUGCUUGUGCUUCUUUACCCAAUGCUCCGUCAAUGGCAAGUUGCCUCAUCUUCUCUUCA